GCGGCGGACGGAGGCACAGACACCAGCAGAGGCAGCAAUGAAGGGCAAAGAGCAGGAGCAGUUCCCGGGGCGUCAAGGCUCCACAGCAAGAUUCAAGUUCUGCACUUAAGUUGAAACAUUCCGACUCUUGCACUUCUGUUAAGGUUGCCAACCCUCCAGGAUUAUCCUGGAGCCUCCAGGAAUGAAAGAUUAAUCUCCUCGGAAACUAAGCUCUGGUUAGGCCACAACUAGAGAAUUGCAUCCAGUUCUGAUUGUCACGCUUCAGGAAGGAUCCGAGGGUCCCUGAGUGGGUGCAGAAUGGUCCCAAGGAUGAGCGAUUUUACCUACAAGGUUAGGAUGGAGAAGCUGAGGUUGUUCUCACUGAAAUUUGAGGGAGGUGUACAAGAUGAUGAGAGGUUUGGAAAAGGUGCCAGUGGAUCAAUACAGCAGGACCAGAAUUUUGAUCUGAACGUAUUGAAUGAAUUUAUCCUGAAGGACCUUGAAGAGGGGGAAAGCAGGAACCCGCAACCCUGUGAUUUCACCGAUCCUCAGAUUGGAGAGAUCAAGAACCAACUUAUGAACCAGACCCCUGGAUGGGCUGUGUCUCUGCCGGAGCUGAUACCGAUGAGCACGGAGCCGCCUCAGCUGGUCAGCAGGGGCACGGGGCCGCCUCAGCUGGUCAGCAGGGGCACGGGGCCGCCUCAGCUGGUCAGCAGGGGCACGGGGCCGCCUCAGCUGGUCAGCAGGGGCACGGGGCCGCCUCAGCUGGUCAGCAGGGGCACGGGGCCGCCUCAGCUGGUCAGCAGGGGCGCGGGGCCGCCUCAGCUGGUCAGCAGGGGCGCGGGGCCGCCUCAGCCGGUCAGCAGGGGCGCGGGGCCGCCUCAGCCGGUCAGCAGGGGCGCGGGGCCGCCUCAGCCGGUCAGCAGGGGCAAGGGGCCACCUCAGCUGGUCAGCAGGGGCACAGGACCGCCUCAGCUGGUCAGGGACGACAGGGUCCAGGACACGAAGAGGAAAGUCGCCAGUCGCGGCGGGAGGAGGGCUGAGUCAUCCCGGGCGAGCUCCAGGCUCUUCCCCCACCCGCAGCCCAACGUUUAUGUGAAGGAGGAGAUGCCCAAAUUGGUUAUCGUGGAGCAACCAAAGCAGCGGGGUAUGAGGUUUCGCUACGAGUGUGAGGGUCGUUCAGCAGGAAGCAUCCCUGGAGAGAACACAACGGAGCAAAGCAAAACCCUGCCCACCAUCCAGAUCCAGAACUGGCAAGGUGAGGUCAAGGUGGUUGUUUCCUUGGUAACCAAAGAUGAACCAUACAAGCCACACCCACACAGUCUUGUGGGUAAAGACUGCCAAAAUGGCAUCUGCGAAGUGACGGUUAGUCCCAAGUGCAACAUGAAAGCCAGUUUUGCUAACCUCGGCAUUCAGUGCAUGAAGAAGAAAGAAAUCGGGAAAGCCCUUGAUCACCGACUGAAACUUGGGAUUGAUCCUUUCAAUGUCGGCGACUCUGCAAGGUGCUCAGAAGAUGUUGACAUGAACGUGGUUCGGCUAUGCUUCCAGGCCUUUAUCCAAGAUCCACCCAUGGUUCUCACUCCCGUCCUAUCGGAGCCUAUCUAUGACAAAAAGGCAACGAAUACUUCGGAGCUUAGAAUCUGUCGUCUGAACAAGGACAAUGGGAUGUGCACAGGAGGUGAAGAGCUGUUUCUGCUGUGUGACAAGGUGCAGAAAGAGGAUAUCGCCGUGGUCUUCUCAAAAGGCAACUGGGAAGCGAAGGGGGUCUUUUCCCAAACCGAUGUUCAUCGGCAGAUUGCCAUUGUUUUCAAAACGCCGCCAUACUGUGACAUUGACAUCCAGGAGCAGGUCAUCGUGAAGCUGCAAUUAUAUCGCCCCUCCGACAAAGAAUACAGCGACUCCUUCGAGUUCCGCUACCUCCCAAAAAUAGAAGAUGCUUAUGGGAUUCGGUCCAAGUGCUUGAGGAACUUCAAGUUCCCUUCGAUUAAUAGCUUCAUAGACCCAGCAGCAGGGCGGCUAAAGCGGACGAUGGAGAAUCGAGAUUUCCAAUUUUCGGAGGAUGUUGCUUAUAACUUCCCGACAGAGGAAGAUGAGUUCUAUUCGAUGAAUCAAGGGACCAAACCCUGGAACUGCUACAGCCGGGAAUAUGCUGCCACUGCCACUGCCACUGCUGCCUAUACUGACAGUUCCCUAGGAGAGUUUCAGGAUGCCCCAUACAAUCAAUGUUACAUGAAGGACGAGCCCGCGGAGUUGACUGAAUAUGAGUUCUACUGCUCGACAGAGGAGCUCCACAUUUGUGCAGAUGCUGAGGCUUUGAAUUCCACCUUUGACGCAAAUUACAACAUCCUGACCACCAGCAGCGAUCUGUCCGUGGCUCCAGCCGGUGGGGACAUCAACAACUACCUGGGCAUGGAAUUCAGCAGCGGUAACGAGGCGCUGUCCACCAUUUUGGGCAGCAGCAUCGCCAUGCCAAGUGAGCAGGCGGGAUCCAAGGGCUGAAUGGUGACCCACUGGCCAAUGGAUGGAAAGCCACAGGGGGUGGUUAG